AUGAUGGCUGCAGAAUAUUUGAUGAGUUGUGUUCCAACAUUCGAUGCUCUAGGCCAAGAUCAAUAUGGGCGGGAAGCAUUGUCCCAGGAGGUUCUUUUCCAGCUGCUUCGCCUUGGUGAGCACGUCAAUUUCGACAAAGUGGGGCUGAUGAGUGAUUCGGGCAUUCUGCGUGCUUGCCAACACAUUUCCAGAAAGCUGGAUGGUUACUGGCCAAAAUGGGCUGGAUGGCAGGAGAUGUUCGAUGACCCAGAUACUUCGGCCGAAUCCGCUGCAUCUCAAGUGUCAGUGGCAGUGGUGCAUUAUUUGCGGCGAAGGUUCUGUGCAAACCAGGUCCAUGUGAACCUGGGUCUGCCCGAAAACACACUUCAGUCUCCCUUUAGUUGGCGGGCCGUCAUAGUCCAUGACUUGCUUCACUUGAUGGUUGAAGAUGGGCUGGGCAGUCACAAGUGGCAAGUGCGACAGGCCGUGGUGGAGAGUUUGAUCUCUCUUGAACCUUGGGGAGCUCCUGCUGUGAGAGCAUUGCUGGCUGCCAAACGUUAUGAAAAAGAUAAGUCAGUCCUGGAAACAAUGACAAAGUUUUUUGACAAGUAUGGUUCUUAA